CGCAGGUGUCGUCGGAGUCUUCGGGGAGAUCCCACUUCCACUCGGCGACGGCGUGGUAGUCGGUGAAAGUCACCUUCAUCUUGACUGUUGAUACUCCUUCUGCGCAGGCAUGGUCUAGGUAGAGUGUUUGUGUGGGUAUCAAAAUAUUGAUGCUCUUCCCAAGAAGGAAGGACCCUGGCCCCUCCUCUCCCUCAUGAUGGAGUGAGGUGGGGGAGAAAGUUGCGUGCUUCGAAUGUCCAGCUUCGUCUCUUUCGUUCCGCGACCGAGCAUGAUUGGAGAGAGUAGAAACAGCCACAUGAGUUUGAAAGCGACCAUGCUACCAAUCAUCUCCGAGUAGCCAGCGCCGCGCAAUGGCCACAACCCUCCGCCUCCUCCGCCGCCCACACAUCCACAUCCACCCUACCCUCAGACACAGCACCACCAGCAAGUCCACCAUGGCCCGCCCCUUCCACUCCUACCUCGUCACCCCCGCCGACCUCUCCACCGCCCUAAAGCAGAAUCCCAACAGCACAACCUCCACCGGCCCCAGAACCGUACCAGUCUGCGGCAGCUGGUUCCUCCCCAACGACCCCCAACGCCGAACCGGCUUACAAGUCUUCCGCUCCGCGCACAUCCCCACCGCCCGCUUCUUCGAUUUGGACGCCAUCUCCGACACCUCGAGUCCGUACCCGCACAUGCUUCCCUCCGCCGAAACCUUCCGCGAAGCCAUGUGCAGUCUGGGCAUCAACCGGGAAGAUAUAGUCGUAGUCUACGAUACCGCCGAAUUGGGAAUCUUCUCCGCCCCGCGCGUGGCCUGGACCUUCCGCGUCUUCGGACACCCAGCCGUACACGUCCUCAACAAUUUCAAACUAUGGGUCGAACAGCACUACCCCACCGAAACAGGCGCGGCGCAAGCCGUCGAACGAACCGAGUACCCCCUCUCCCACCCGGACAUGAGCAAAGUAAUCCCCUUCGAAGAAAUGAAGACCCUAGUCUCUACCCGCCACCACACCAACGAACCCGCAACCCCCUCCACACAACCCCAAAUCCUCGACGCCCGCUCCCCCGGCCGCUUCGCCGGCACAGACCCCGAACCCCGUCCCGGUCUCCCCAGCGGCCACAUGCCCGGUUCCAUCUCCGUCCCAGUCCCGGACUUACUAGAUCCUACAACAAAAGCCUUCCUACCCGCUGAGGAAUUGAAAAGAGUAUUUACGUCCAAAGGAGUGGAUCCGAGUAGACCGUUGAUUUCGAGUUGUGGGACGGGUGUUACGGCUGCGGUGGUGGAGACUGCGCUUAUGGAGGCCGGGUUUGGCGGGGCGGAGGCAGAGGCAGAGGGAAGCGGGAGGAGGGUCUAUGAUGGGAGUUGGACGGAGUGGGCGCAGCGGGUGCGGGAGGGGGAGGGGUUGAUUGUGAAGGGGUGAGAGUCGAUUCUUAUUCUCCCGUACGUUUUGUCCCCGAAAGCGUGGCGUUUGGCGCCUGUGGCCUGUGCUGGGCAAGAGAUACCCUUUGCUGGCUUUGCGUAGGCAUAUCUUGUAUUUUCCGGAUAACAUCAUCAUGACUGCACUAUAGGAGAGUAUCUAUGCCGCGCCUU